AUGGACACUAGGCAUAAGACGCUGGGUAUGAGCAUCAAUAGGGGCACUCUGCAUGGGCAUCGACAAGGACACAGGGCAUCAGCAGGGGCGUCGGACAGGUCCACCGGGCAGGGCCAUCAGCCAGGGGCAUUAAACAGAGUCACUGGGGCAGGGGCACCAGGCGGGGCAUCGAGCGGGGGCGGUAGCCUUCUUCUCUACGUCGAAGUCCUUUCUCGCUGUGUGGCUUCGGAGGUGCCGCGGCCUGUGGGAUUCCUGGGCAUGCGAGGCACUGAACCGAAGAAGGGCAAGUGCGACCUCGGAGCCAGGCAUGAGAGUGUGGGUGUUCCAGAGACUCCUCCCUCGUAUCCCGACAUCCCCGAAUCCCGACAUCCCCGAAUCCCGACAUCCCGAAUCCCGACAUCCCGAAUCCCGACAUCCCCGAAUCCCGACAUCCCCGAAUCCCGACUUCCCCGAAUCCCGACAUCCCCAAUCCCGACAUCCCCGAAUCCCGACUUCCCCGAAUCCCGACAUCCCCAAUCCCGACAUCCCCGAAUCCCGACUUCCCCGAAUCCCGAAAUCCCCAAUCCCGAAAUCCCCAAUCCCGACAUCCCCAAUCCCGACAUCCCCAAUCCCGACAUCCCCAAUCCCGACAUCCCCGCGCCGUAA